CUUCCACAUUCUUUCCAAGUUCACCUAGAACCGGCAAUACAUACAGCAAACCCUCGAAGCAGAUUUAUAUCCUCGAUAGCCUAUUUACACAUCACCAUGGCGGUUGAUUACCCUACCAACAUGAUCUGGAGUACCCUCGUAACCAAGAGGGCGUACUUGGGCGGGGCUCUGGUCCUCAACCACAGCUUGAAAAAGGUGGGGUCAAGGUACCAGCUCAAGAUCAUGGUCACCCGCGAAGCUCAGGCCGACAAGGAAUUUAUGGCUGUUUUUGCUGCUGCUGGUAUUCCCACCAUUGUCAUCGAAACUAUCGAGCCUGCACGGCAAGGCAAAGUCAACAAGGCAUUUUGGCAGAAGCUGGCUCCAUGGGCGAUGACCGAAUAUGAGAGAAUCGUCCUCCUCGACAGUGACCAAGUCAUUCUCCAAAACAUUGAUCAUUUGAUGACCCUACAUCUUCCAGAGGGCUACAUUGCAUGCGCACAUGCCUGCACUUGCAACCCCCGCAAGCUUGCCCACUAUCCCAAGGAUUGGAUCCCCCAAAACUGCCCCUUCGCCUCUGCCAACCAGCACACCGGCUCCCCAGCACCCAUCACUCCUUCCUCUCCACGCACGCACCACCUUCUCAACAGCGGCACCGUAGUCCUCACGCCAUCAAAACCGCAAUUCGACGCCCUCAUCGACGCCAUCAACACCCACCCGGACGUCCCCCAUAUGGUCUUCCCCGACCAGGACAUCCUCGCCAUCGUCUACCGCGGCAAGUGGAAGCCGCUUCCGUACGUCUACAACGCUCUCAAACCGAUGCGAGACUGUCACUCGUCCCUGUGGAGGGACGAGGAUGUGAAGAUACUGCAUUAUAUCCUCAACAAGCCGUGGGAGAGCCGCGAUUUUGAUGAGAACGACAAGGUGGAGUCAACGCAUCGGUUGUGGUGGGGGGUGUGGGAGGAGGUGGAGAGGGAGUGGACGGGAGGGGAGGCGGGUGAGGAGAAGAGGAGGUUGUUUGACAGUGUUUUGAGGUCGGUUGUUGCGCAGGCGUGAGGGAGUGGAAGGUGUUUCUAUUUGGCUUGACAGAAGGGCCUCGGGGAAAGGCGAGGAAAAGACAUUGGUUACAGGGUUUAGAACGGUCAGAGGAGAUGCCUUAACCUGGGCUGGUGGUAUUUUGGCUUACGAUACGAUGAUUACCAACAACGCGCACUUGGAGGCAUGGAAGCUACAAUAGGGAGCGAAAGCGACGCCUGUCUUACACGCAGCGAGACAAGUUACGGAUAUACGCGUUGGCU